GUGCGCGGAACCUUCGUGCUUGCAUCUAAAGGGGGACCUGAUUAAGGGUUGCACUCGUCUUAUGUAUGUUAUGCCUGUGCGGCUAUCAGCUGUUAUAACAGAGGACUCAUCUUCCUGAGGUGUGUUGUCCCCCCAGUCUCCCCCAUGCUGUUCCAGCUGCUGCGCACCCCCCUCUGCGGCUCCCCUGCAGUGUUCUCUGGAUGCGUCCGGUCACUGCGCUGCACCCCCUGCAGGACACUGCUGCACAAACCCCCCCCUCAGAGCCGGGGCCUGAAGACCCGAAGUAAGAAGACCCGGAGCCAGGAAGAGGAGUGGAGGAGCCGGAACAGAACGCUGCUGACCUACAUCGCUGCCGCCGGCGUGGGGAUGAUCGGCCUAUCGUACGCCGCCGUGCCGCUGUACCGGCUGUACUGUCAGGCGACGGGUCUGGGCGGCACAGCAGUGGCGGGGCACGACGCGGACCAGGUGGAGACAAUGGAGCCGGUGAAGGACCGGAUCCUGAAGAUCACCUUCAACGCCGACACGCACGCCAGCAUGCAGUGGAACUUCAGACCGCAGCAGAGCGAGAUCUACGUGGUUCCCGGUGAGACGGCACUGGCGUUCUACCGGGCGAAGAACCCGACCAACAAACCCAUCAUCGGGAUCUCCACCUACAACGUGGUGCCCUACGACGCGGGGCAGUACUUCAACAAGAUCCAGUGUUUCUGCUUCGAGGAGCAGCGUCUGAACCCCCACGAGGAGGUGGACAUGCCCGUGUUCUUCUACAUCGACCCCGAGUUCGACGAGGACCCGAGGAUGGCCCGAGUGGACACCAUCACGCUGUCCUACACCUUCUUCGAGGCCAAGGAGGGGCAGAAACUCCCCCUGCCCGGAUACAGCUACAGCUGAGGGGGGGUCCUGAAUCAGGAACAUUGUCCUGGACUAAUCUCAGACCGAGAAGAAAGCAAUAUCAAAGACUCUCUGUGUGCUUUUAUUCUGAAAUGCAGCCACUAAAAGGACUUUUAUUCUGAAAAACCACAGGUCUUUAGAUUGAAACAAAAAGAAUUCAUGAAUUAAAGUUUCACUGUUCCAUUCAUUCAUUUGAUCUGAUUUGCCCGGCACAAAGGCAGCAUUAAAUAUAAUAGUAACCAUCAGAAAUAACAACAACCCCUCCUGGGUCUUGUGCAGCGGGGUGGGGCAGAGACCCCUGAAAGGCCUCGUCUCAUGUUGCUGAGAGACGUGGACCCUGGAAGACCCCUGCAGAUGUUUGUUUGUGUUUACCUGAGAGACUGUAAAUAAAUAUAGAUCAUUAAGAGCA